GGCACCCCGGGAAGCGCUGCCUUUUUUUUUUAAUUAUUAUUAUUAUUAUUUUUUAAACCGGGCUGGAACAUCGGCAGGGAGGAAGAAGGGAAGGAGAAAGAGAAGGAAAGAAGAGAGCAAGAGAAGCGCGGCCAGAUGGCGACCUCCAAGCGAGGGAAGCGAUCCACUCGGAAACUCCGAGACUGGACGGUGGAGCAGGUGGAGAGCGGGAAGUACCCAGGUUUGGUUUGGCAUGACCCUCCGGCCAAAACCAUGUUCCGUAUCCCGUGGAAACACGCCGGAAAGCAGGAAUUCCGACAGGAAGAAGACGCUGGUUUUUUCAAGGCCUGGGCUAUCUAUAAAGGAAAAUACAAACCUGGAGAACACAACCCGGCGACUUGGAAGACGCGCAUCCGCUGCGCUUUGACCAAAAGUACCGAGUUCGAGGAAAUGCCGUCCCUUUCCCGGUCGGAUGUGACGGAGCCUUACAAAGUAUACCGCUUGGUGCCGGUUGCGGAGCAGCCGACGGGCAAGAAGGCCAAAACACCGAAAACCAACCAGGGGAGAAUGGAGGAUGCCAGCAGCUCCGAGGCGGAGGCGGCGAGUCCCAGGGAGGAGAUCCAGCCGCCGGCCGAUUCCCUGUCGCUGUUGCAAAGGGAAGAGCCCCCCGCCCCAGAAGCCAUGAUGAGCCAUGCGACCAAUGUUUUCAACCCGUCCAACUACCAGAACGGGCAAGUCAGUCCUCAGGCCGCUGAACCAGCGCCGGAAGUGAACCUGAUUACUUUCAGCUUGAGGACAGAUCCCAACCCUGUGGUGAGGACUGCUACCGAACCAACAGGUGAGAUCCCAGAGCUGGGAGGAUCUUCCGAGGAUUUUUCUCUUUGCAUGUCCAUCGCCUACGCGGGCGAACCGAUCUGCGAAUACUUGUUACCGGAAGGCGAAUUUCUCAUUACGUCGGUCCCAGCUCCGCUGAAAGACGCGGUCAAUUGUAUGAAACGUUUCGUUUUGCCGGCCCCAGUGAACAUGGCCAAUGCGCCGGUGAUCAUUCAGCGUCUGCUCAAGGAGUUGGAAAAAGGCAUCAUGGUGGCCAGUAACCACGAAGGGAUCUUCAUUCAAUGCCGGGGCAAAGUAUGCGUCUCGUGGUCGGGAUUUUUGGUCCCCGAGGGCCAAGUCAAACUGGAGAAUAACACUCACCAGCAGCUGUUCAAAUCCCGGGAGUUUCGGUCAGCUCUGGAGCAAUACCAACGGGGCCUGGCUCCACUCCCGGAUUCCCGGGUCAUUCUCUACAUCGGCGGUAAACUGGAAAGAAACGGACAUAUGGACUGCAACCCCAUCGUCAUUCAGAUGGAACAGACUUUUGCUAUCCGGCUGCAUUCCUCCGGCUGCUCGCUGUAGUAGAGAUCCUCGUUUCCUACCCCAGCGUGGUUUCCCUGGCCACCUUAUCUGCAGAAACCACAUCCUGAGAACACAAAGCUUUUGAUUCCUGCUUUCUCCUGAGAAGAAACCAACAUUGGUUUGGAGGCCAAAUUUGGACGGGCUUGGAAGUGCUGCUUACUGGUGGCGUCCAAAGGAAAACACUAAAAAACGGCCAAAAAAAAAAAAAAGCGAAUUUUGGGAUCAUCUUUUUAUGUUUUGGAGAUGAGGAGACGAACGUCCUUCCGUAGCCCGACCAUCCUGCCGAAUUCUGCAUUUCCUGGCUGAGAUACGGUGGAAAAAAAAUGUCUUUUCUGCCAUCUUCUGCAAAAUUUAUCUGUUGCUUCUUCCCCUUCCUGUAUUGUCACUUUAUACUGUUUGCACUUUACCUGACUCUAAAAGAAACCUAAUCUGACAGACUUUUUACUGUGUUCUGAAUUAAUAAAACGUUAGUGAAAGUCGUGUUAUAA